UAUUUCUAAAAUGCACUAACCUUACUGAGACACGACCUCCUCCAAAUACUAUGAAUCGACCUCGUAAUACUAACGGCCAUCCUCAUACCCAAAUUCAAAGAAACCUAAAUACUGAAAGACGGCUCCAAAGACUCCGACCUCAAAAUAUUAUGAAUCAAUCUCGUAGCAUUAACAGUCAUCCUCAUACCCAAGUUCAAAGAAUCUUAAAUACUGGAAGACGGCUCCAAAGACCCCGACCUCCAAAUAUUAUGAAUCGACCUCGUAAUACUAACAGUCAUCCUCAUGUCCGAGUUCAAAGAAUCCUAAAUACUGGAAGACGGCUCCAAAGACCCCGACCUCAAUAUAUUAUGAAUCGACCUCGUAAUACUAACAGUCAUCCUCAUACCCAAGUUCAAAGAUUCCUAAAUACUGGAGGACGGCUCCAAAGACCCCGACCUCAAAAUAUUAUGAAUCGACCUAGUAAUACUAACGGCCAUCCCCACACCCAAGUUCAAAGAAUCUCAAAUACUGGAAGACGGCUCCAAAUACCCCAACUUCAAAAUAUUUUGAAUUCAUCCGUUGGUGUUCCUAGUGCCUUUCAACAAUACAUCGAUUUGAUUGAAGGUUCAAAUCCAUUUACCGGGUCGCAAGAUCCAGAAACACCACGUCAGAAUACUCAAUAUCAGGCUGAACUAUUUUCAG